CACCCCAUGACUCAUACCGACCGUCCGCUGCACUGUCUGCCUUUCACAUUUCUAUUUCUUGAAAUUUCCCGACGCAAUCUAUUCUUAUGAUCCCAUCAUUGAUCUUCUCAGGAAGAAGAAAACGAGGUUGCUCUUGUGAUCUAUUCUAACUCCACAUUGCUCCUCAAUUUCCGUUCUUAAAAAUUCGAUUCGGAACACAGGGCAGGGUAGUGCUGUUUGGCGUGCUCGACAUCCAACUGCUCCCACAUUCUCCGAAUCUUCAUUUUCUUUUUGUUUUGAUUCCUUUUUCGGAAAUCCUUUGCAUCCCAGCCUGUCCUUGAAAUUUGGUAUUUAUUUUUAUGGUUCGCAGAUUUUCGUUUGAGGGUUGAGUUUAUUGUGUCGGCGAGUUUAGAGUAUUGCGACGUGAUUUGUCGGGGUAAUGCGGUGAUCUGGGGUUUUCUGAAGAGUUAAAAUGGCCGGGGUAAAUAUGGAGAAAUUCGAGGAGUAUUUCCAGAGGGCGGAUUUGGAUCGAGACGGCAGGAUCAGUGGAGCUGAAGCUGUGGCUUUCUUGCAGGGAUCCAAUUUGCCCCGACAAGUUCUUGCGCAGAUAUGGAUGCAUGCUGACCAAAGUCGUUCUGGCUUCCUCGGCUGCCAAGAGUUUUAUAAUGCCCUUAAACUAGUCACAGUGGCUCAAAGUAAACGACAAUUAACACCAGAUAUUGUUAAAGCAGCAUUAUAUGGUCCUGCUUCUUCCAAAAUUCCACCUCCACAAAUCAUUACUGUGGGUACACCUAUGCAACAACCAAGUCCUGUAGUUGCUUCACCUUUGCCACAGACUGGUGUAACACCCCAGCCGACUCACAAUUCUGGCUUCAGAGGCCUUGCUCCUUCGAAUACAAGUGUGAACCAGCAGCUUGGUGCAUUGCAGUCCCCAAGGAACAUGAAUCAGCAGUCUGGACUAAUGCCUUCAUCAACAGGCAUGAACCAGCAGUUUGGGCUGGAGCAGUCAGGUUCAGGUGUGGGUCAACAGGUCGCACAGAUGCGACCAUCGGGUACAAUGAACCAACAGUUUGGGCAGGCCCGACCAACAACUACGCUGAUGAACCAGCAGUUUGGGCUGGAGCAGUCAGGUACAGGUAUGAGUCAACAUUUUGCACAGGUACAGCCAUCAAGUACAAUGAACCAACAGUUUGGGCAGGCCCAACCAACAAGUACACUGAUGAACCAGCAGUUUGGGCAAUUGCAACCUUCAAAUCCUGGCACGAAUGAACGCAUUCUACAGUUGCCACCUUCUAGUCCUGCUAUGAACAAACAGCCUGUACAGUUUCAACUUUCGAGUCCUGGUGUAAACCAGCAGGUUAGACAGGCACCUUCAAGCAUGAAUUCAAGCCAGAACUUUUUGCCAUCCCAAGGGAACCAUCCAUUGAGACAGUCUCUGUCUAUGCCUGGUGACCAGAAUUUUCUGCCCCCACAAGGCAACCACCCAUUGAGACAGUCUCACUCCGUGCCUGGUGACCAGUCUAAUCAUCUACCUCAAUCUACUAGUAGUCCAAAUGUUAUGUGGAGCAUGACAGGUUCUGGUCUUCCAAUGAACAAUAAUGUGUUGCCUGGUGGGAAAACUGGUGCCGCAUCCACUGGACCAGCAACACCAGUUUUAGAGAGAGGAGUUAGUCUCUCCAAUUUGUCAGGUUCAUUAGCAAUUUCCCCGACAUAUGCCAUGGAUUCUAGAAGAACGGUUAGUUCAGGAAAUCUAUCUACUUUGGACGGCAUGAUUUCAGGGGGUUUGUCUUCUGCGAAUAAUUCUCCAUCCCAGCAUGUUUCCUCUCCGUUCCAACAACUUUCUAGUAGUUCACCUACCUCAUCUGUAGUUUCUCCUGUCACUUCAAGCCCCCAUCCUUCACCAAAGCCUGAUCCAUUUGAAGCAUUACGGAGUACACUUUCGGAACCAUCUAAAGGGAUUCAGGCUUCACAGAAGCCGUCUCUGCCAAAGUCUAAUCAACAGACUCUAAGUCAAGUUACUUCUGGAUUCCAAGCUGGUGUCAGGAAUUCAACAUCAGAGCAGUCACAAAUUUCAUGGCCAAAAAUGACAGGAGCUAGCAUUCAAAAAUAUGCAAAAGUUUUUAUGGAAGUAGAUAGUGAUAGAGAUGGGAAAAUCACUGGCGAUCAGGCUCGAAAUCUAUUCUUGAGUUGGAGACUACCAAGAGAGGUCUUAAAGCAGGUUUGGGAUUUGGCGGACCAAGACAGUGAUAGCAUGCUUUCUCUGAGGGAAUUUUGUAUUGCUCUUUACUUAAUGGAACGCCACAAGGAAGGACAUUCACUGCCAGCCGCACUGCCCCAGAGUGUCAUGUUCAGUGAGACUCUAUCAUGUUUAGUAGGUCCACCUACAGUUCAUGGAAACAUGGGAUGGGACCCUGCUACUGGCUUAAGACCACAACAAGCCAUGCCCAAUGUGCAGCCUAUUACACCUACUGGAGUUACGCCUCCCAUGCAACCAACGGUUUCUCAGCCGGAUGUGCAAUUCAAUCAGAAAAAUGCUAGAGGCUCUUUGGUAGAUAAUUCCCACCUUAACCAAUCAAGUAAUGGGGAAGUUAAUUUUUUGGAGACAAAGGGUUCUGGGGCAGAGGAAGCCAAUGAAAAGGUUGAUGAAAAGGAGAAUGUGCUUUUGGAUUCCAGAGAGAAGCUUGAAUUUUAUCGGACAAAUAUGCAAGACCUUGUUUUGUACAAAAGUAGAUGUGAUAAUCGGCUCAAUGAGAUUACAGAAAGGGCUAGAGCAGACAAGAGUGAGGCUGAGUUACUGGAGAAGAAAUAUCAAGAAAAAUACAAACAGGUUGCCGAAAUUCAUUCUAAAUUAGCUAUAGAAGAAGCUGCAUUUCGGGAAGUCCAGGAGAGGAAGAUGGAACUGCAACAAGCAAUCACUAAAAUGGAGCAAGGUGGCAGUGCGGAUGGUAUUCUUCAGGUCCGUGCCGAUCGUAUACAAUCAGAUCUUGAGGAGCUUUUGAAGGCAUUGGCUGAUCGUUGCAAGAAGCAUUCCAUAGAGAUGAAGUUAGGUGCUAUAAUUGAGCUUCCUGCAGGUUGGCAGCCUAUCAUCCCAGAGGCGGCAGCAAUAUGGGAUAAGGAGUGGGACAAGUUUGAGGAUGACGGGUUUUCUCUUGAUGUAGCGCUGCCUGCAGCUGCUGAUUCUAAAUCAGAGCAGAAAGAAAAUCCUUCCCCAAACAAUAGCCUUGAUCCAUCUGAUAAACUUUUUGGUUGGGAUGCUAGUGUGUUUGAUACUGAGUCUGUGCAUAGCGCAGAUGAGUCAAGGAGCCCACAUGGAAGUCCUGGAAGGCAAACAAUACCUGAAAGUCCAUAUCAAGAGUAUUCAGACAAUCAUUUCAGAAAAAGUUUUGAUGGUGAUGCUGAAACUCAAAGCUUUGAUGAUCCUAGCUGGGGUAAUUUUGACAACGGUGAUGAUGAUAUUGAUUCAGUCUGGGGAUUUAACGCUAAGGUACCAGAUCAUGAAAAGCAGGAUGAAAAAUACUUCUUCGGGUCCAAUGACUUUAGUGCUAGUCCAGAUCGAGGAGGAUCUCCUAAUGCUGAAAGUCCAUUCCAAAAGAAGAGCGCAUUUACCUUUGAGGAUUCUUUUCCGGAGUCCCCACUUUCCAGAGCCAACAAUUCUCCCCGAUACAGUGUUGAUUCUAGAGAUCAGUCUUUUGACAAAUUUACGAGAUUCGAUUCCUUCAACAGCACACAUGAUGCAGGCUCAUCAUCCCGUCUGGGGAACCUCACUAGGUUUGAUUCAGUAAACAGCCCGAGGGACUUCGGCCACAGCAGAAAAUCUUCAUUCGAUGACUCUGAUCCAUUUGGUUCUAGUGGUCCAUUUAAAGCUUCUUCAUAAGAAACACCGAAGAAAAGGUUCUAAAAGUCAAAAGUGUUUUACAAAUGUUGUUGGCUGGGAUUGAGCUCUCUUGAAAUUUCAAUCUUUCUUGGUUAUGCCGACAUGAAUCCAAUCUUGUCGCCGCCGGGCAAAUCCAAAGAAGUGUCUUGGAGUGGUGCUGUGCCUAUUGCCAGUGAUGAAUACAGGCCAAAGCGUGGAAUACAAAUUUGGAAUGCUACAAAUUUUUGAGGAGUAACUUUCAUUCUUUCUUUUAUUCAUUCCUUUCUAGUUCAGGUUUGGUUAUUUUCUGCUUGCUGGAUGAUGGGAUCUUUUGGUUGCAGUGUGAAGAAUUAUUCUGAGAACUUAAUGCUGUAAUUUUGACAGCAAACAUUCAAAAUGUAUUCUUUUGUAAUUCAUAAAAUCAAGUAUAUUAUUGGAUUUGA